AUGGAUGCAAUGAUUUCAGCCCUAGCUCAAGUCAUCGGGAGUAGCCAAAGUAAUCCAGUUCAAGUGCAUGCAAACCCAGUAUCAUUAGCACAAUCAAACGCACAACACAAUGAUCAACCACAACCGAUUCAAGAUCAAGGGAAUGUUAGGAGAAGACACUAUAGAGGAGUGAGGCAAAGACCAUGGGGAAAGUGGGCAGCUGAGAUCAGGGACCCAAACAAGGCAGCUAGGGUAUGGCUUGGUACUUUUGAUACAGCUGAAGCAGCAGCACUUGCCUAUGACGAAGCAGCUCUUAGGUUUAAAGGAAGCAAAGCUAAACUUAACUUCCCGGAAAGAGUUCAAGGCAGAAGUGAAUUAGGUUACUUGACUAAUCGCGAACAGGUUUCUAACCGAGUUGCUGCUGCUCCUCCUCCUCCUCCUCGCCCUCCACAAUUACUACAACAACAAUACCAACAAGGUUACUUCCAAUACCCAGAGUAUCUUUUAGGAGGUUCGAGUUAUGGCUUAAACUAUGCUAUGGCUCCGGGUACUUACGGUAGAGACUCAUCUUCAUCAUCAUCAUCCGUAUCUUCUCAACAACAGCCACAGGAAGAGCUUGUAAUGAGCGAUCCAAUGCAGUUUGGAAGUCCUUAUUCUCGUUUUGCUCAUCCUUCAAAUAGAAGGGACUUCGAUUCUAGUGACGCAAGAGACUAGUAUAAGUAAGUUUAGCUUGAACGUUUUACCUCAACAGCUAGAUGGAGAGAUCGGCAAAGCUUGCUAGCUUCUGGUUAUGAUCGGCGUUUCUUUUUCACUUGUUUGUUUUUUCUUUCCAAUUUCCAGUAACUUUUUGGAUUAAAUACGUUAUUGUCGAGCCACUUUCUCAUCUGGGUAAUCAAGAAGUGUUGUUUGAUGAUA